AUGCCGUGCUUCUGUAGUACUAUCGUAAAGAUAAGCCAAGUUCGACAAUCUAUAAAAGAAAAUAUUAAUUCAAUUAUUUUAUGGGCCAUUGGCACAUAUCCUGUUGAACAAGAAGACAAUGAUAUUGAAAUGAUUAUGUUCAUACCGAUCAACUCCAACGAUAGAGAUCCCGACAGUCAAGCAAUUUUCGAAAAGAACGAGUACUAUGCCAUCAGCGGAAAAAUUGUUCCUGAAGAUUAUCGUGAUGACAGUCGCAACAUCAACACAUCACAAUUAAUAGAACAAUCAACAGACAAUUUAAUUCAAAUAACU